GGUGGCGGGUAGACGUCACGUGAACACUCAGCUCAUGUGACAAAGGAAAAUCAAAACAGGAACAAAAUGGCUGCAACGGGCGACGACGCCGCAGCAAUGGACAGCAUCUCCAGGGCACCGUCGGCCCAUUCAUCAGCCCUGAACCCGGGUGCAAGCUCCAGCAGUCACGGAGAAGAGUCGGAGGUCGCGGCGGAAAGCCCGGCGGCCUUUACCAAAAAGCUCAACACAAACAGUGAUGGAGGUGUGGAGACAGCAGAGGAGGCUGUGGAGCCUGCAGAGCCUGAUAUCAAUGAACUGUGCACUGAUAUGUUUGAAAAGAUGGCCGUGUUUCUGCAAGGAGAACUGACAGGAACUUGCGAGGAUUACCGUCUGUUGGAGAACAUGAACAAACUUACAAGUUUGAAGUACAUGGAAAUGAAGGACAUCAGCAUUAACAUCAGCCGUAACCUGCAGGAUCUCAAUAAUAAGUAUGCUAGCCUACAGCCCUACUUGGACCAGAUAAAUCAGAUUGAGGAGCAAGUGUCUUCACUUGAACAGGCUGCUUACAAAUUGGAUGCGUACUCCAAGAAACUGGAGGCCAGAUUCAAAAAACUGGAGAAGCGAUGAGGGGGAAGAAGAAGCAGACUGAGCAUUAUGGUGCCUUCUCACCUUCUUUAACCCAACUCAGCCUUCCCUUCCCCUCUCCCUGCCAGCGGAGCCAGGAGCUGUGGGGAGGAUGUGAACUGAGAUUGAAACAACAAACAGUCACAUCCACUUAAACACCUAGAAAGGACCCAGGAGGGAGCAGCUGAAGGCACAUGAAUUAGUACUGCAGUGACUGGCUUAGAUUUAACUCCUGUAUCGCUAAUUUUGGCUGUAGUUGUGCAGCUAAGAGACAGUCUAUGUUGAGAGUCUAUGUUUGUAUACACAGUUCCUAUACAGAUACACUUCAUGCUGAAUUAAUCCACUUAAUUAAAGGCAUAUCUAAACUGAGUGGUGAAAUCAGAAAAUACUAACUUAAUAUUUAACAAAAUUGAGCAAGGCAGAUUGGCAAAGACUUGUACCAUUGAAAUAUUCAACUUUUUCCAUAUGAAGAUCUUUACAUGGUGAAGUUCAUAUCUGUUUUUAAUAGUGGCCCAGUCCUUACAUUCUCAUCAUUUCAGACAGCUGAGCUUUUGAUUUGUUACAGUAGCCUAAAAUUAGGUGUCUUUGACGUGACACAUGUGCUAAGAAGUUAAGCAGUGAUUAAAUUAUAGUUUGCCACAAUAAAAACAUCUGUGUCUAGAGCUGCUGAAACACAUUAUGACUGUAGAAUGAGUUUGAAGUUUGCAGUUAAAAAUGAAAGAUUUUUGAUAUAUAUUAAUUAUUUUGUUAUGUCUGUCUGGAGAUAUGGACCCUGAAAACUGGAGGUUUUUUGCAAGUAAAUUAUGAUGUGAAUA